GUCGCCAGCAGACAAGACCGUCAGCUGUGGGUAUAGCUCGAGCGCCUCUCCUCCAGCGAGUAUGGAAACUAAAUAAGCCGCACAACUGUCACACACACGCACACGAGAGAGAGGGGUAUACGAGCUAAAGGCACCGAGGUUGGCUGACAGCUAUGGCGGGUAAACCAGGUUCGUUUGGAGCAGGUCUGGCUGGAGCUGCAUUGGACCCAGUCAGCUUCAUCAAGGAACCCAGAACCAUCCUGAGAGUCCUGUCAUGGGUGUUUUCAAUGGUGGUGUUCGCGUCCAUAAUCAACGAGGGCUACGUGAACCAGGGUAGCGAGCGUCUCCACUGUGUCUUCAAUAAGAACUAUGACGCCUGUAACUAUGGAGUCGUCAUAGCAACUGUGGCAUUCCUGGCCAGCGUGGCUCUACUGCUGAUGGACGUCCUCUUCCCACAGAUCAGCAGUGUUCGUGACAGACGAAGACUUGUACUACUGGAGCUCUGUUUCUCAGGUCUGUGGGCGUUCUUGUGGUUUGUGUGUUUCUGUUUCCUGGCGAGCCAGUGGAGUCAGACCAGUCCAGAAGAGCUGCCAUUGGCUCAGGCAUCAGACGCAGCCAGAGCAGCAAUAGCAUUCAGCUUCUUUUCCAUACUCACAUGGACUGCUCUCACGCUAUUGGCCCUCCAGAGCUUCCUGCAGGGAACUGACCUAUCCCUGUUCAGCGUCCCGAUCCCGCCUCCCAGUGACCGGACUGGCCAAUCCAAGCAGCCCUCCACCUCCCCCACCGAUCCCAUUGGCCAAACCACCCUAACAAUCAACGACUACAAGACGCCUCCAUUGGUCAUCCAGACCACCGAGACACGUCCACCUGACUACCACGGCCCCGCCCCUGCAUUCUGAUGACACACACACACACACAUUGACAUUUAGCCACACACACACACACACACACACACACACACACACACACACACACACACACAAUGAUAAAACAAACAUUCUGAAUGAUGCAAACCAAACUUUCUCACACACCAUCAUUACAUUCACAUACACACACACAUUAUGACACAACACACACACAUAAACACAGGUACAUACUAGCUCACAUCCAGUAUCCAUAUUAUUGAACACGGUUGCAUUGCUUAUUUGUCCUUGCGAUGUUUCUUAGUUGUUGCUAUGACGAAUCAAAUGCUACCACAGACUCUCUAGAACUAGCUACAUGCCAAGCUAAUAGCCUACGCGCGCAGUAUGGGUGUGUGUGUGUGUGUGUGUGAGAGAGAGAGAGAGAGAG